CACAACAGUCUGGCCAGGGCUCAGAGCUGCGAGGAGCUUUUUUGUGGUGCGGCUCCAAGGAAGUUUCUUUACAGCGGAUUUAUAGCAUUUUUCCCAGCACUAUGGAGGCUAGAAGGGUUCGGUUGAUCUUUUGCCUUCUGCUGCUGGCACACUGCACACUCCAGCAGACCACCUCAAAGAGAAGAAAUGACAAGAAAGACUCUGCAAACAAUGCUGCAAUUGAGGAGCUGAAGAAACAGAUAAAUGACAUUGUUCAGGAGCUGAACUUGUUGAAAGAGCUGCAGGCUUUACAAACAGUUUGUCUGAGAGGCACAAAGAUCCUCGGCAAGUGUUUCUUGGCUGACCCAGUGAAGAAGACUUUCCACACAGCCAGUGAUGACUGCACUGCUAAAGGAGGCAGCCUCAGCACGCCUCUGACAGGGGACGAGAACGACCAGCUCUAUAGCUACGUCCGCCAGAGCAUCGGCCCCGAGGAGCACAUCUGGCUGGGCAUCAACGACAUAGUGACCGACGGCCAGUGGGUGGACCAAUCGGGGGCCGGCGUGCGCUUCAAGAACUGGGAGACAGAAAUCACCCUGCAGCCGGACGGAGGGCGCAGCCAGAACUGUGCCAUCCUCUCCACCACAGCCAAUGGGAAGUGGUUUGACGAGAGCUGCAGAGCUGAAAAGGCCUCAGUGUGCGAGUUCAACAUCGUCUGACAGACGCCUCCCGACAUUAACGUGGCUCUGUGCAGAUAAACACUCAUAUGAUCAAUAAGUGCGGCUUGCAGAUAAGAAUGAAACGUGUAGCUCAUUUGAUUGCUAUCAGGUAAACAAGGUAGUGCAUCUUUCUUCAGCUCACUUUUUCUUCACCAAGCCAUUGUUGAUGUCAGCUGACUUCACACAGUGGUCUGGGAUACAUUACGUCAUUCUAUAAGCUAAACUCACUGGCACAUAAUAUUUUAGAUGCAUUCAGUAAACUCAUGUAAAACGUAUCAGAUAUUCAUCGAGGUAAACACCACUGGAUGGCUAGUCUUUGUUAUAUGUAUUUUUUCAUGUCACCAUGAGUGUCUUUUCUAUGGCACUUUCUUUAUUCCCAUUUCUGAAUGUCAAAUUUUGCUCUUUAUAUUACAUUAUAUAAUGUUAAUA